GCUGUUGCUCGACCGCGUGUGGGACGUUCUGGACUUUCACGUGGCCACCGGCACCCACCUUUGUCUCUCCCCUGGCCCCUGGGUGGGCUGCGCGCUGCCCUGGGGGCACAUGACGUCUCCACAGGGGCGCUGCUUCACCUUCGAUUCCACUGCGAAUGGGUACCUCCGCGGCGAAGGGACCUCAGGCAUGAUCUUGAAGUACGGUGAGUACGACUCGAAAGGAUGCAUUUACAGGGCCUCGCAGGUAGGCCAAGAUGGGCGCAGCGCCAGCUUAACUGCUCCGAAUGGGCCAGCACAGGAGGAGAUCAUCGGCCGUGCCAUCCGGGAAGCCCGCAUGACGCCGCCCGAGUCGACGUGCUGGGAGUGCCAUGGCACAGGAACCUCUCUUGGGGAUCCGAUCGAGAUUGGGGCGGUCCGGAAGAUCCAGCGAAAGGUGCCGCGUAGCGAGCCAUUGAUGAUGUCGAGUAACAAGAGCAACAUUGGGCAUCUGGAGGGUGGAGCGGCCAUGGCCGCGAUGGUGAAGUCGGUUCUGACUGUGCAGCAGGGGCAGUGCUUGGCAUCCCUGCAUGUUCGGCAGCUGAACCCCCAUCUUGAGCACACAGUCUUCGAUGCCUUCUUCGAAACUGAGCGCUCUUGCUUCGCUUUUGAACGCGGCCACUCGCAGAUCUCCUCGUUCGGCUUCGGAGGCACAAACGGUCACUGCAUCUUCUGGGGCAAGUGCCGUGGCCCACAAGAUGUUCAGGCAAUGCUCCUAAGGCGCAUCGCCAAGAUGUCUCCCGCAGAAAUUCGGCCCGUGGGCAACAACCCAGAUGACUGGGAGGCUGACUUGCCAGAGGCAAACCCCAAGCAGGGCGACGUCUACAGCAUCAUUCUCCGGCCUGAGGAUCCCAUGGACGAGCCGAUCAAGUGGGUCAAGGUCCGAGAUGCCAACGAGCAACGGGAAUCAUUGUCGGACUUUUACACAGUCACCGGCAGCUUCAACUCGUGGCAGCAGGACACUUUGGCACCCGGAGCUCCUGGGCACUUCACAAUGGUCGUCUUCGUUCCCGCAGACGGCGUGCUGGAGUUCCGAUUCUUGAAAAAUGGCAGCGAGCAACUGGUCUUGGCACCAGAGAAGGACAAGUGCACGGAGAAGCUGGCCCGGGUACUGGGGCCCCAGGAGGUUGAAUUGAUUGUCAGCUACCGUUAA